UCGAUCUUUUACGUUUUGAGAAUCCACUCUGCGCGAGUCGCACAGUUUCAUUGAAAUGUCGCGCCAACAGUGAUAAGAAGAUCUGACAGUCACAAAACCCAUACAUAACUCGUGCGACCAGCAACAGCGCGAACCCGGUGCGGUUGCAGACUGAAUGCCAAGUGCAAAAAUUUUAACUCAUUAAUCAUUGAAAAUUAUUGUAAUAAAUAACAAAAGACAUAAUGAACUCCAUAAGAAUUCUGGUCCAGAGAAAUUCUCAGCAGCUGAGGAGAAUACACAGAUGUGUUAAGCUGCAAAAUGAAGUUGCUGCAGCUGUACCACAAGAAAAGAUGACAAUACCAGUUCCUGAAGGAGUUGACAAACCAGUGUCACCUAAAAUCGACAAAAUUGCUCAAGAAAUUACAGCUCUCAAUCUUCUUGAAGUUGCAGAGUUAAGUGAUUUGUUGAAAAAGCGACUGAAUCUCCCUGAUGCACCAGUAAUGCCCAUGGGUGGUUUUGCUGCUGCUGCUCCUCCUCCAGAAGAAGAUGAAGGAAAAUCCAAAGCUGUCAAGACCUCAUUCACAGUGAAACUCACUAAGUUUGACGAUAAGCAAAAAGUUGCUCUCAUCAAAGAAAUAAAGAGUCUUAUCCCUGGCACAAAUUUGGUUCAGGCCAAGAAGUUUGUUGAAAGUUUGCCACAAGUAGUGCAGGCUGACAUCAGCAAAGAUGAGGCUGAAAAGCUCAAGGAAGUCUUAACCAAAGUUGGUGGAGAAGUUGCAAUUGAAUAGAUUGUGUACAUAUUAGUUUAUACAAUUAUGAGUUAGAUUAAAGUGUAAAUGUCAUGUACUUGUAUGUAGUACCAGCAUUUAGCGAACAAGAUAUUUUAUGUAAAGCAUUUUUUAUCUUGACUUGUUACAUUAAUAAAAAAAACUUGUUAACAAUCCAAAA